UACCAGCCUAUCGUUCUGCAAUAGGUGUCCUGAUAUCGAUAGCGAUAAUAGCAAAGUUAACAAUAACAAAAGAUUUAACAUAACAAAUAAUUGCAAUGCUCUGGCUGUAAUGGCAAACAGCUCCAGCUCCGACGAAAGCUGCAAGGCCCCCGACAACUUUCGCAUCUCGAGCGCCUCCACAAACGGCGAAGACGAGGAAUCAGAUGUCGCAGGAUACACAACAAAGCGCAGGCCAACGGCAGCGACGAAGGAACUGCUGAAGGAUGCGAACGCCAAGGAUAGGAGCACCAGCACGGGAAUGGGCGCCCACAUGCGGUGCCCAUUGUGCCACAGCUGCAGCGCAAGCCGAUUCCACUGUCGCAAUUGCGUCAGAAACGGAAACAUUACUCACAGCCAGGCGGAAAGGCCCGAAAGCCUGACGGAGAAGCAGCAGCGCUACAUCAACCUGCAAGCGGGCCUCAAAACCUUCAGCACGCGCUACGAACGCCUUAUCGGGCAGCACCGCUCCAAUGAGGAUCGCCUGAUGGCCAUCAAGGCCAAGCGAAAGCAACUGGAGCUUCUACAGCAACUAAUCUCCGGCACGGGACAGAGACUGCUCGUCCUCGGCGAGCGCCGCGAUGAAUUGCGUCGCGCCAAUGCUGAGAAGCGGAAGAACCUACCCAAAUACCCGGACAAGGUCAAGAUGCUCGAAAACUACGUGUUGGAUCGAGUGGAGAAAAUAGAGAAACUCAGGGAGACCCAUCUGGGUCUCCUGGACAGCAUAAAGCAGGCGGCGCGUCGCAGCAUUCAGCAGCUGGUCACCUAUGUGUUUCCCAUAGCAGAGGUGGUCCUCAAGGAGGAGCAACAGAGGCGGGCCAGUGUGGAGCGCACCGAGGAGGCAGAAACCAUAGCGGCGCUGGCCGAUGCCAAGAAUACAUCUUACAUACGCGGCAAAUGGGUUUUUCAUGGCAGUGGGAUCAGUGAAGUUCAAUACAGGAUAGUGGGCCCUUCGUUGCCAGCCAAUGGCGACUAUACCGCCUACCUGGACUGGCUGGCGGACAACAAGGACGACGUUCCCAAGGCCACGGCCAACGAGAUUACGCCGAGCAGGUUCGAAGCCUACCGCAUUGUGGGCGCUCUUACCUACACGGCGCAGCUGACGCAGUUGCUCAGCUUCUACCUGAACGUGCGGCUGCCACAUAAGAUCGCUUAUGGGGACUUCUGCCGUAAGCUGCUGAACGAGGAGCAGUUCCGGCGCAAAAUCUCGCGCCUCAACUCCAAUAUCAUGUAUCUGGCCUACACGCAGCAGGUGAAGUUGCGUGCGCUCAUCGAACAGCACACGUUGGAAAACCUACUAGCCAUCCUUGAUCUGGAGCGCAGCGACUUGGGUCGAUACGGCCAUCUGGACGUGAACAAUGCACCACUCAUGAAGUCAGUGGACUCCCUACUAAUCGGCAUCGAGACCGCCACGGAAUCGGAGUCAGAGGACGAAAACUCCCUGCGCAUGGACUGGGAGGCGGUGCCAAGCCUGACUCCGCAGCCGGAGCUGGCGGAUCCCAAUCUGAUUCCGGCAGCCAACCAGCAGUCCACCAUCGCCUUCGUGCGAAUGGCGGCCACAUCGGUGCUGCGCUGGAUCAAAUGAUCGCAGACCAACAGACGCCCGAUCUUUCGGCUAUAUCAUCAUGAGACACGCGUGUUAUCUUUUACAAAUUAGACUAAGUAAUCGUUUCUGUGACAGUGCGUCGAUGUUUGUCGGCAGUCGCUGGUUUUAGCGUUAUCCUUUGGUUUACAGAACUAAUUUUGUAUCAAUUAUAUAUAUAUACAUAUAUUCGCUGUGUGUAAAGAAAAUGCGCCUUUUGGAUUUACUUUUAUUACAUAACUUAUUCGCCUUUAUUUAAUAAAAAUGGUUCUCUAUAAAUAAAUAUAUAUAAAUUUGCUUUAUUAA